AUAAAAAGCUGAGCUAUGGAAUCAGAAUUUCCAACUGAAGCUACAGUCGAAAAUCACAACGGACAUUCGAAAGACGAGGACGAAGAGAGUGAUGGUAACACAAGCUUUUUGAGAGCUGCUAGAGAUGGAAAUUUGCAGGAGGUGCUGGAAUACCUGAAAGGAAGCACAGACAUCAACACCAGCAACCCAAAUGGACUGAAUGCACUACAUUUGGCCUCCAAGGAAGGUCACAUAGACAUUGUACAAGAACUUCUGAAGAGAGGAGCCAAUGUUGAGGCGGCUACCAAGAAAGGAAACACAGCUCUACACAUUGCCUCCCUUGCUGGACACCUGAAUAUUGUCAAACUAUUGGUCGAGAGUGGUGCAAAGUACGAUGUACAAGCUCAUGUUGGGUUCACUCCCCUUUAUAUGGCCGCUCAGGAGGGUCAUGCUGAUGUUGUCAAGUACCUGUUGUCUAGUGGAGCAAAUCAGAGCCUGUCCACAAAGGAUGGAUUCACUCCCCUUGCUGUGGCCCUACAGCAAGGACAUGAGCGAGUGGUCAGUGUACUUCUGGAGAAUGACACAAAGGGCAAGGUCAAACUGCCCGCCCUGCACGUAACUGCCAGGAAAGACGAUGUCAAAUCAGCGGCCCUGCUCUUACAGAAUGAACAGAACAAUGUCGAUGGACAAACUAAGACAGGAGGUCUGGUUAAUGACACGACCAAGAGUGGGUUCACUCCCCUGCACAUCGCUGCUCACUAUGGCAACACAAAUGUUGGAUCCCUGCUCAUUCAGAGAGGAGCAGAUGUCAACUUCAAAGCAAAGAACAACAUCACCCCUCUACAUGUUGCAUCACGAUGGGGAAAACCAAAUAUGGUAACACUUUUACUGGACAACAAAGCCAUUGUUGAUGAGAAAACCAGGGAUGGGUUAACUCCCUUGCACUGUGCUGCUAGGAGUGGACAUGAAAAUGUAGUGGACCUACUGAUUGAAAGAGGUGCUCCAAAGUCUGCUAAAACCAAGAAUGGCUUGACACCACUUCACAUGGCUGCACAGGGAGACCAUGUAGACUGUGCCCGACUCUUGCUGUACCACAGGGCACCUGUUGAUGAUGUCACAGUGGACUACCUGACACCAUUACACGUGGCUGCUCAUUGUGGAAAUGUAAAGACAGCUAAACUUCUACUGGACAGAAAGUGUGAUCCUAACUCCAGAGCUCUGAAUGGAUUCACUCCACUCCACAUUGCAUGUAAAAAGAACAGAAUCAAGGUCGUGGAACUAUUGCUGAAGUAUGGAGCCACCAUCGAAGCCACAACAGAGUCUGGCCUGACUCCUCUUCAUGUUGCCUCCUUCAUGGGACACAUGAACAUUGUAAUCUACCUGAUCCAAAACAAUGCUAACCCUGACUUCACCACUGUACGUGGAGAGACCGCACUCCACCUGGCAGCUCGAGCCAACCAAACAGACAUCAUCCGCAUCCUGCUCAGAAAUGGAGCAACUGUAGAUGCCAGAGCUAGAGAACAGCAGACACCCCUUCACAUUGCUGCCCGCCUUGGUAAUGUUGACAAUGUGACCCUGUUGCUACAGCUGGGUGCAGCUCCAGAUGCUGUUACCAAGGAUCUCUACACUCCACUGCACAUCGCUGCUAAGGAAGGUCAUGAAGAAGUCGCCUCAGUGUUACUGGAGCAUGGUGCAUCACACAGUCUGACAACUAAGAAGGGAUUCACUCCUCUUCAUAUUGCUGCUAAGUACGGCAACAUCAAGGUUGCUAGGUUGCUGCUGCAGAAGGACGCUAACCCAGAUUGUCAAGGAAAGAAUGGCCUGACACCACUUCAUGUUGCCACCCACUACAACCAUGUCAAUGUGGCGCUCUUACUGCUGGACAACAAAGCUUCACCACACAGCACCGCCAAGAAUGGAUAUACCCCACUUCACAUUGCUGCUAAGAAAAACCAGAUGGACAUUGCAACAACUCUCCUAGAAUUUGGAGCAAGACCAGAUGCAGAAUCCAAGAAUGGCUUCACUCCCCUUCACUUGGCAGCACAGGAAGGUCACACAGAUAUGGUGUCAUUACUACUGGAGCACAAAGCAGACGUCAACUCUAAAGCUCAUAAUGGAUUAACCUCUUUGCACCUGGCAGCACAGGAAGACAAAGUCAAUGUUGCUGAAGUUCUGGUUAAAUACAACACAGAAAUAGACCCCCAAACCAAGGCAGGCUACACACCACUCCACACCGCUUGCCAUUUCGGCCAAAUGAACAUGGUUCGAUUCCUGCUGGAGCAUGGUGCAUCUGUUAGUGCUACAACUAAGCUUGGAUACACCCCGCUACACCAAGCUGCUCAACAGGGCCAUGUUCAAGUCAUCAAUCUACUGCUGAAGAAUAAAGCAUCGCCCAAUGCUGUUACCAAUAAUGGACAAACUGCCCUGUCAAUUGCCCAGAGACUGGGCUACAUAUCUGUUGUGGAUACACUGACCCCAGUCACUGAGGUGUCUGAGACCCUCCCAUCUACCGAGGACAAGAUAAAACUCAUGUCACCUGAAAUCAUGCAGGAAAACCCCAUCUCAGACUCAGAUGAUGAGGGAGGGUCUUCUAUGGCCAGUAUCAGAUAUGUUCUCUCACAUCCAAUUUAUAAGAAAUUGAAAGGGGAGGACAGCAUAUCCCUCGGAGAAAAAGGAGGUAGCAUGUCACCAUUGGAUACCUCUUAUGAAAAGGAUGUUUCUAUGAGAACUGCCUCCACCGAUGACGCCCGACGCCGCAUCACGAGUGAGAUAGGUACUGCCAUGCGGUACCCAUCUUACUUGGAACGUGGUCCAGAUUAUGAGGCAGAGAUGCGCUAUUUUAGUGGAGAUUCUCUCAUGUCUCCAAGGGACAAACAUGACAAAAGCAAAGAUAGUGUUUUUGGAGGUGAUUACUCGACCUUAGAUAAACUCGAUACCACUUCUACGAACUCUGAGUCCAAGGUUCGAGUUGUUGACGAGCAUGGUAGUGAGAUCGAUUAUGAUGAUGAUUUAGAUGAUAGGAUGAAGAAGAACACAGCGGCCAAUCAAUUUGCAGAGGAUUUCUACCUGCGACAAUCCGUAAGAUACGGAGCUAACACAAACAAACGGCCCAUCUAUCCAAGCUCCGGAUACAAAUCACAGCCAGACAAGCCUACUGAAAAUUAUGCCGAGUCUUUUAGUGUCGAUGGUAUAGAUUUGAAUGAAGAAUUCAAAUAUAUGCCCGAUGAUUCGGUUCCCCAACAGGAUUACUGUGAAGCUCAGAUAAUGACAUCUUCUUACGCUGCCUACACUAGCGCUGCCCCACCCGAGACACACCUGGGCCCCGGGGUAUCCUCGGCUGACAAACCCAGGGUAGGAUCAUACAGUGGGUCCUCCUUCAGUGCCAGUUUCGACCCUGAUAAUGUUGCCAUUGAUCAAAUACCAACAUAUUCUGGACGCCUGAAAUGGAAAAGCUUCCUCAUCAGUUUCAUGGUGGAUGCCAGGGGUGGGGCCAUGAAGGGCCGCCGCCAUUCUGGUGUCAGGAUUAUCAUUCCUCCCAACCGAGCCUCCAUGCCCACCCGGGUGACAUGCAGACUCAUCAAGAAGGACAAGCUGAUUCACCCCAUCCCUCUCAAUGAGGGUGAGGCCCUGGCUGCUAGGAUCAUCGAGAUGGGACCUGUGGCCACCAAGUUCCUUGGGCGAAUUGUCAUUGAGAUACCACACUUUGCAUCUCUGCGUGGCAAGGAACGUGAAGUCAAGAUCCUGAGAAGUAACAAUGGAGAAAAAUGGGAGGAACACCCUAUUGCUGCCACAGAUGACGCUGUACAGAAAGCACUGCAUGAAAGCAUGGAGGAUUUGGAUUAUGAGGAUGAACUGGCUGGCAAAAGAGUGACCCGUAUCCUGACUGAUGAUUUCCCACGAUACUUUGCUCUGGUUACCAAGGUGAAGGAGGAGAAACAAUGGGUAGAUGAGAAAGGACUGAUCAUCAGCUCCACCGUGGUGCCUCAGGUCCAGGCCGUGUUCCCAGAGGGUGCUGUCAAUAAGAAAAUCAAAGUCGGCCUGCAGGCUCAGCCAAUCUCCCCAGACAUCGUUUCUAAACUCCUUGGAAACAGGGUAGCCGUCAGCCCCAUUGUCACUGUAGAACCAAGACGCCGCAAGUUCCACAAGAAUAUCGUGUUGACAAUCCCUGUCCCAAAGGCUGCUCAGAAAGGCAUGAUUAACCAGUACGGAAAUGAGGCUCCAACUCUGCGUGUCCUAUACAGCAUUUCUGGCUCCAACAAUGCCCUGCGAGAAGGGACAGAGGCCGCUGUUUGGGACGAUCUGACUGACCAGACGGAGCUGAAAUUUACAGAAGAUUGUGUGUCCUUCACCACUCGAGUCUCUGGCAGAUUCUGGCUGAUGGAUUGUCAGAAUGUUGCCGAUGCUUGCCGGUAUGCCACAGAGCUUUACAAAGAGGCUAUUGUAGUUCCUUACAUGGCCCGCUUUGUUGUUUUUGCCAAGAGGACUGGAGAAGAAGAAGGAAAGCUCCGUAUGUUUUGUAUGACUGACGACCGCAUUGAUAAAACCCUCGAGAAGCAGGAACAUUUCAUGGAGGUGGCCAGAAGCAGAGAUGUAGAGGUGCUUGAAGGACGACCACAAUAUGUAGAAAUGGCUGGCAAUCUAAUACCAAUCACAAAAUCUGGAGAUCAACUCUACAUCAGCUUCAAAGCUUUUCGAGAAAACCGACUUCCAUGCCUGGUCAAGAUUCGAGACAGAGACCAGGAACCUGCCGCUCGAGUGGCAUUCAUGAAGGAACCCAAGGUGGUUCGUGGUGAGCUGCCCCAGACUCCCAUCUGUAACCUCAACAUUGCUCUACCAGACAUGUCAACUUCAUCUUCCAUGGAAAUGGAUCCAGAGGCAGCACUAGAACUUAAAAAACGAUCUUCCUUACUUAGAGAACAUGGUAUUGUUGUAGAAGAUACCGUAAGCAAAGCCAAGAUCAAUCUUUCGGAUGUUGCGGAUACACUGAAGGGAGACUGGGUCAUUCUUGCCACACAAUUAGACAUCUCUGGGGAUGAGAUCCACAAGAUUAACAGUGACUAUAGGACUGUCAAUGACCAGGCCUUAGCCAUGCUGUCCUUGUGGAAGGAGAAGAAAGGAGAUCAGGCCACAGGCAAUGAACUAGAGAAAGCACUGAGGAGCAUAAACAGAGAAGAUGUGGUACAGAAAUGUAUGUACAAUGUAGAAAUGGUCCAAGAUGAAGUGGAACUGGCAGCAGCUAAAGUAGCCAUGGAUCAGUCAGGUUUCGACACAUUUGCAGAGGAAAUUGGGGUUGGCACACAUGACUCCUUGAAACGUAACAUGUCACUGGAUGUACAGUUUGAUGAAAAGAGUGUUCAAAAGCUUUCAGUUGAGGAUUCAGAGUCCGCAGUUGAAUCAGCAUCUCCUGGAAGUGAAGGACCAGCACCUCAGGCUUAUGAAGAAGAUACAGCUCGGUCUCCGUCUAACGACGAUUUCCUGAUCCCCGAGAUCAGUGAUCGCCGAGGCCAGGCUAAGGAACCAGAAAAGCCAGUGAAAACCAAUGAUGACUUCUACGAUUUAAUUGACAAAUUGGAUAAAUACAAUGAGUUUAAAGAGAGACAAGAGCAGACCGGGCCCAGUGCAGAUAUCCAUAUGGAUGAAUCCCAGACAAUAGCUGAGGAAGAACUAACCUCCACCAAACAAGAGAGACCCAAAUCUGAAGAGAUUAUUUCCAAGGUGGAAGAACUAAGUCAGCAAAUGGCCCCCGCCCCUCAGGAACCUAAAGAUCUGCUCCCAGCCCCCACACAGGAGCCCACAGAAGAUGAGGAGGGCACUAAGACACCACCUCCUAGUCCUGUGGAGGGAGAGUUUGUACCAGAACAAGAAAAACUGGUUCAUGAGAUUGAGGAUGCUGUUGAACAGUCUGUUCAAGAGGAAGAUGAGGAGGAGGAGGAGGAGAAAGAGGAGACAAUAAUUGAGGAGACCUUUCAGGAGUCCGAUGAUGGUAUAACAUGGAGGACCAUCCGUAAAACAACCAUCAUUACUCCUGAAGGUCAAACCGAAAAAUUUGAAGUUUUAGGAGAGGAAGCCAGAGCUCAGCAGGCUGCUGUUGAUGAAUUGGCAGCUCGACUUUCGACCACAGAAGAACCCCAAGAACACCCUGGGGAAACGGAAAUGGCAGAGGAAGUUCUUGAUUCACAGAAAGUGCAGACAACAGAGUCUGCUGCCAGACAAACAACAAUGCAAAUUACAGAAUCUGAUGUUGACACUGGUUUGCCAAGUGUAUCAGUCCAAAAAGAACCAGAUAUGGAAAAGCUUGUAGAAAGUUUAAAAACUGAUCUGUAUGAAAAGGAGAAAAUAGAGAAAAGUGGUAAUGAGUCAGAUGUUUCAUCCAUAGUGAGUUCAGACACUGAAGGAGAAUUUAAUAUUGAACCUUUACCCUCAGCAGCUCCAGGUGCAGAAAGUAACAGACCUGUCAUAGGUCGACAAAUUUCAGAUGAGAGGAAAAGAAAGAGGACAGAUUCAUUGUCCUCCUCCUCCCUUUCUGAUGUUGAGGAUAAUGUAGAAGAAAGUAUGGAAGAGCUUCCUGAUGUCGAGAAAGAACCUGUAAAGCCAAAAUCAUCGCUACAAGAUGCUAGCAGCCGCCAACCUAAGACUAGUCACGUUCAUUUCAAAGAGGAAGAUCUUCGAAGUUCAUCAUCAUCUUCAUCUUCUUCAUCAAUUGAAGAUGAAAACCAACAAACACCCUCAAAGAGAACUGAUUCUGAGUCAUCCGAUGUUAAGUCUCCUGCUCCCACUACACCAAAAAUUGAUAGAAUGGAAGAAUUUCAAUUUGUAGAGAGGCCUGGUACUGAACUCAAGGAUGGAAUAUCUACAUCACAUGAUGAUAAACAAGAGAAAGGUGAAGGUGAUGUUCCAGUGAAGGUAUACAAACCUUCAUUGACUGCCCAAGAUACCAUUGAAGAAGGUCUCAAAAUGCUACCUGAUGAUGUCAAAGAUACUGGAGAAGAACCCAAACCAAUAGCAGAUUCAGAUGUUGAGAAACAAAUUGUUCAGGCACCAGCUCCCCCUAAAGAGGAGGGAGAAUCCUCUUCUUCUUCCAGUAGUGAUGAAGAUGAAAAGAGACCAAAAGAGGUAAUUAGAGAAGGCUCAUUUGAGGAGCCAACCGAGGAUAUCGGAAAAAGCAAAAUCGAAAAACCCAUGGCCGAUUUCAGAGAAGGGUCUGUUGAAAGGACUGAACGGUAUGAAGAGGUGCCACCAAAGGAGCAGACACAAGUUCGCCCACAGGAAGAAAAACGCAUGAGCCAACCUCCAAGUGAAGAAUCAACAUCCCAACCUGAAAGAGAUUCAGGUGAUGGAGUACCUUUCACUGAUACUGCAAAGCGUUUGAAACGAAUGUCAUCCCUGCAACAACAAGAAGUCUUUGAAAGCGAGCUCAUUGAAGAGGAAGAAUCGACAAAAGAACAAGUCUUACCAGACGGAUCUAAAGUCAUUCGUAAGAGAUUUAAAUCCGGAGAUUCCAUCAAAGGCGAGAAUGGAGAACAAGAGAGCAUGGAACUGGUGGAAGAAGAGGGUCCAGAGGUAGAAGAUGUAAAAUAUGAGGAAGACGAAGAGGUGCUUGAAGAUGGGACAGUUCAUAGGAUAAGUCGUACUCGUCGCCAGUCACUGAAGCAUAUUAAACGGACAUUAAUUUCGGAAAGCGGUGAAGAGGAGGAAAUUUUCGAAGGUGAUGUGGCAGUACCAGGAAAAGCUAAAGAAGAUGUAAUUGAAGUUUUCGAAGAGCCAGCAAAGCCUAUUACACAGGUGGAGGAGGUAGAGGUGACUCAAGAUGAUGGAAAAGUUGUUAAGAAAAGGAUGAUUAUGAACAGGAUGGUCAGUAAUGUCAAGACUUUCCACCAAUCUUUUGAUGAUUGUGGAAACUUAGAGGAAGACGAAUAUGAGGUUGAAGCUAUCAUUCCUGGUACCGAAACAGCUUUUGUUGAAGGGGAUGAUACCACUACAAGCUCUAGCGAAUCCAGCGAAGAUGAUGACAAUGACGAAGAAAUUGAUGUACAGGAUUUAGAUAUAGCAGAGGAAGAAUGUCAGAGUGGAACUACAAUCACUACUAGACAAGUUACCAAACAGACAUUUACUUCUAGCACUUAUGAAACAGACGGCGAACCUAAAGAGUUGGAGGAAACAGGACUUGUAAAACGAGCCGUGAAAAAAGUAACGUACGACCCAGGACAACCAGACCUGAUUUGUGAUUCUCCUGAGUACGAUGACGAAGAUGACACCGAACUAUGGAUCGAUGAAAGCGACAUUGAAGAUGAAGAUGACAGAUAUGUUGAGAAUAAUACUAUCACAGAGCUAGAAAAAAAUUUUGAGACUUUUCCACCCAACCAAUCAACUUUAAUGGGUACAAGAAAUGCAUCUACAGAAUUGCCUGGCUUACAGCUCCAAGUAGAUAAAUUAACAUCAGAUGCAAGGAAUGUUUUCUCAAGUUAUGAAAAUGUCUAUGAUGGAGUUCCACUUGAUCCAAAAAUUAAUAGGUUGUCUUUGGAUGCUAGUGAGAUAGAAAUUGGAGACCGAUUUGACACCAAGCAAAUGGAUCUUCAUUUACGCUCAGAUAAUCGCACAUCUAGUUACGAACAGGUGUAUGCCAAAGAGUCGACAGAUCAGUCUCUUCACUCAGACUUAGCUGCUAUUGAGGAGGAUAAAAUUGAUGAUAAAAUAAGUACCUCCAGUUCGGAGGUGGCACAGCAUGAUGACGAUGCAUCUGAUGAAGAUGCUGAAGCCUGCGAAGCAACUGAAAGCAAUUUGAAUGAAACUGACGUAGAGGAACAAUUUUCUCCAGUUAUUGCUAAAUCAUUUCCAAAACCUGUUAUAGACUUACAUUUUGAAACAGAAAAACCUGUUUUCUCUAUUACCGAAUCGCCCACUGAAAUAUAUUCACCGGCCUAUUCAAUUGAGUCACCCGAUUUACAUGAUAAAACCUCUCUGUCAAAACCAGAAUCAUGUACUGUUGGUACUUCGCCAUCAGAACACCAAGAACGUUUUAUAUCCUCAAAAGAAAAUAAAAAAGAGCAGCCAGAAGUAGACAUACAGCCAGAUUCAAAACAACGGAAGGAAAUUGAUGAGCAAUGUCUGAUGUGCGCCUACGAAGUUGACAAGACAGAGGAAGAGGUUGUUUUAGAGCAGUCAUCAGAUAUACAGACAGACACCUCUGCCAACCUUCACACUGAAUACCCGGAUUUUGAAAGUGUUGCAGAAAAUUUGGUUAUAGACACAUCGAGGACAAAGGAAAUGGAAUCAAGAAAAAGAAUCGAGUCAGUUGAGGAAAUAUCUCCUGAGGACCUUGAAGAAAAAGAAUUCCAAUUUGAGCUAGCUGAAAAAGGUGUUUUAGAUAGUGUUAAAGAUGAUGAAGAAGGAAAUGAGGAGGAUGACCAGGAUAUAGAUGAUGUUGAUUCAGACAGUAGUUCUGAGACAAAUGAAAUGACAGUUUUUGAUGAAUACUCGGGAGUUUACAUGAGAAUCCCUUGGGAAAGUGCAUAUCAAUUCACACGUCAGUUUUCAGAAACUUACGAACAGAAUGAAACAGAAAAAAAGUAUUUGAGAGCCAUGAAAAGCAUAGACAUGGGGUCUUUCUUUAGAAGGAACAAAAUAAAAGACCCUGAUUUUGUGCGGCGAAGUAGUUUAUUUUCUGGAAAGCAUGAUUCACUUGGAAAAGAGUUUAAGAAAGAAGUUCGUUUUGCAGAACAAACGGUGGAUAUUACAGAAGAUUCAGACUUCGAAAGUUCUCAAAGUGAUGAAAGUGAAGAGCAAAAUUAUGAAAGUACAGUCCUCCAUGAGCCUCAUGAACAAAUUGAUAAAAUCCAUGAAAUGGCAGUUAUUGCAUCUAUAAUGGAAAAAAGACAUCAUUAUGAGGAAGAAUGCACAGAUGAAAUACAGUAUCAAGAUUCAUGCACUUCCACAAGAGAUGAUCAAAUAGAGGUUUCUUUAAGUGCUUCUGAUGAUGGUAAUCAAAAGGAAUUUGCAAGUGUAACUGGGGAUGAAUUGUUUGAAAGAGAUGAUUUUACCGAAACAGCAGUAACACCAACGAUAGAAACCUCUCCAUUUGCUGGAAUUAUUGUGACGGAAGCAGAACCUUCAGAAGACAAAGAUGGUAAUGAAGCGCCGCUUCUUACGAAGGAGAUGCCUACGUCAUUACAUGGAAAAUUUCCAAUGGCACUACCGUCAAUAGGGAAGUCCAUUGCUGAUAAUGAGAUCUAUGAAUCCUCCGAAACUGGUGGUGAUACAACAGAGGAAAAGUUAUCACCAAUAGAUGAAGCACCUCAAGAUGACUUUCCAGAUGAAGAACAAGAGGAUACUAAACCACCAAUCGUUGAAAAGCAUGUCACAUUUCAAAGGGAAAUAUGUCAUUUGCGCUCUGGGUCAAGUGAAGACUUAGUAAAGACCUCAACAUCAUCAUCAGAAAUGGAACCAACAAUUCUAGCUGCGUCAUAUGACCUUGAUUCAGGACAAGUGUCAAAAGUUGUAGCAACAUACGAUGUCUCUCCAGACACCGUCGAAAAACAAUUUGUGGCACCCCCAACAGCAAAAGCUAUACUUUCGAGUCCAGAAGAUGAUGUAUUUGAAAUAGAGAAUAAACGGAUGUUUGAGCCAAAUUAUACUCAGUCAAAAGCAUUAUCAGACAGAUCAAAUGAAACAAAACAUGCAACAGAGAAUACCUUACCUGAUUUAAAAGAAAUUGAUCUUCAGAGUGAUUCAAAAAUAGAAGGCGCAUAUGGUGGAAGGGACAGUGAAUCAUCAUCACCCUUUGAAAUGAUGUCACCUAGUGAAUUAGAUGGGUAUGAACACUAUAAAGAGCACUUUGAGGAAGUCAGAUUAAGCAAAGCGAGUACGCAAUUUGAUGAGGAGCAAGAAAAUAAAGAGGUUACAAUGACAUUGUCUUUCCCAAUAGAAGAAAGAGAAUCUCAGACUUUACAGGUAACACCCAAAAGCGAUUCUUCAUUUGACCAUUCUUCACUCAUAAGUAGCGAAACAAGUGAAAAAGAAGAAGACUCAUUAUUUGACACAAUAGGAUCGUCACUGCAACACAAUACUGAGCCACUUCCUGACUUAGUAGAAAUUGCAGUCGAAUCUGAUGUGCCAUCUCCGUUACCAAAUGGCCCAACAGAGGUUGAAUACAACCCAGAUAUAGAUGUAAAUUGCGAGCAAAUAUCACAGUCUUACUCCCCAGUGGUUUCUCAGCCAGACUUACUUCAAUGUGCAUCACAGGAUGAGAAAUCAUCACCACCGGACAAUGAACCAGUAGUGGAGGGCACUUCCAUUGACACAACAGGACUUGCUUCAAAUGUUUUGUGUGAAUCACAAACAGCUCAAACUCGAAGCAUGAUAGAAGAAUUGGCUAUAACAAGCCAAGAAUAUUUAAUUUCUUCAGACCAGACACUGUACGGACUCGAGAUGCCAUCAGAGGAACAUACACUUAUGACAUUAUCUUCAACUCAGUAUGCACGUCAAGAACCAGAUACGGAAUCAGACUCUGUAAAUGUAACAGGGGCACUAGUUUCCCAAACGGAGGAGGACAUCUCUGAUCAAAGUGUAAGCAAAGAAAUGGAAAACCCUGCCGAGUUAGAUUCGGGAAAUAUUCACAUUGAAGAACUUCAUGCAGAACAGCAACAAACUGACCAAAGCCAGGAUAAGAGUAUUGAUGAAAUUUAUCAUGGCAAACGGGCAUUAGAAAUUAAAGAAUUUGUUGGACUUGCAACUGUCGAAAUGGAACCGGAAUGUGUUGGUCCCUAUGAUGAAACUUUUGAAGACGAUUUUGAUAACACUGGGGAGGAUUCCUUCGAUACAAAUUUAAAUGAUGAUGAAUGUGAUGAAAGGGAAGAUAUUUUGUUUUCAGUUGAGCAUUCAGAACCCUUUGAUCUGGACAUGGAUGCAUAUGAUUUAGAUAGACCUUCUACACCGACUCCAGUUGACAAAAAUCAGCACUUUUUCGAUGAUGAAGCUGAGGCUAUUGUUAAAAAUGAUGAAAUUGAAGCUCAAGCCAGUGAAUUUGUUGAAUCUGUAUUGACAGAAGCCCGUUGUAGAAUAAGUAAAGAAUCGUCAUUUCUUGACACGAACAAUGAGAGUAAAACUACUGAUACGGAAAAGAAGUGUGACACCCUGUACAGUGUUGAUGUAUCUGUAGAGAGAAAUAGAUUUUUAGACGAGGGAAAUGACUUUAAAACGGAGAAAGACGCUAAUGAUACAGUUGAAGAAGACAAGCAGUCAGACACUGGAAUUGGGGAAAAGAUUUCGUCACAACAGAAACAUUCUAUACUUAUGAAGCAGAUAUCUGAAGAUAUCCCUGGAAUCACUUUAACAACACACUAUCAUGAUGAAGAUGAUGAAUCCCCAUCCCCUCAUCAAUCAGAAUGUAUUGAGGACAAAAUAUUGCAGAGUGAAAAGUCAAAUAUAAUUGACACUGAUGUACCAAUAGAAGCAGAAGUUCAACAAACCAUUGUUUUUUCAAGUGAAUGUAUCCCAGAGGAACCAGAGGAUAUAGUGGACGCUAACUUGGAAGAUUGUUCAAAGCUUUCAUAUCAAUCAUCUCAUGGCAAUUUUGGGAAAGUCUGCAUUCCUGAAGAAAUUGAAAUUAAAGAUGAAAGCGAAGAAAAAGAGGAAGUUCAUAUAAAGUCCUCAACAAGACCAUUGACGGUUGUUUUUCCCAUUGAUAAAGUGGACUACGGAGAGAGUCAUUCUCCUUCGAAUAUUGAUACCAGGGUUAAUGCUGAGACCAAAACAGAUCAUGAACCUUUUACCAACGAAUAUUCAAAGUUUGAGGAAGAUGUAGCAGGAUCUGGAUAUAUUGAUAAAUACGAUAGUGAUGAUUCCUUAGAAAACAAUUAUAAAGAUGAUGUGCAACAUUUAGAAACUGCAUCUCAAGGAGUGGAAUUAACCACAGAUACUACUAACAUGGAAAUUUUACAACCUGCUACAAAUCAAGAUUUACGGCAGACAGAAAUCAAAUCCACUGAUGGAAAAAAGGGUAAAGAUGCUUAUCAUGAAAUUGGAGAAGAUGAUAUUGGCGAUACAUCUAGUGUUGAAAGUUUUACAACCGUUGUUCCUGUUGAUCAAGAUGAUGAUGAUGAUGGAAAUGAAAACCGCUUGGAUGAUUUUGCUUCAAUGUCCUCAUCCUACCACUCAGAUGUUCUUGGUUUAGAUGAAGAUGAGAAAAUGGAAGAUUUUCCUAUCAUAGACUGGACACAGGAAGACGUCAUAGAGUUUGAAGAGAUAAAUAGGAAACAAAGUGAAGAGGAGGAAAAACGCAGAGAGUUGAAAAGAAAACAAGAACAAGAAUUGUUGCAGAGAUUUGAAGACCUUAAAGCUUUGCGAGAUGAGAAAGAUAGGCCUCUUAUCGAUUGGGAAGAGGGAAGUGAGUCAUCAAUCGAUAGUGACCGGUAUGAGUACAUGGACAAAACUGCACUUUCAGUCAUAACAGAAAAUUCAGAUGAAGAUAAGUUUGAGCUCAUGGACAAUGAAGAUGUAAAAUCAGAAAAGUCAGACCGUAUAUUUGGAUCUCCAGAGGAUUUCCCUCCACCUAGUCCUGGUGUCAAUAAAUUCUUCAAUAAAAGUUCAGAUAGAGAUGACAUAUCUAUAACUUCAUCAUUACUGGAAUUCGAAAGGCUAGAACAUGAAAUUCUGGCAUCAGGUUCGCGAAGCUCAAUUGAAAAUGAAAAAGACAAUAUAUCAAUAACUUCAUCACUUGCCGAAUUUGAACGAUUGGAGCGCGAACUUGGCCAGUCAAGCUCGACUAGCUCUGUUGAGAAAAUUACAUCAGACAGUAACAGCAAAGAGAGUGACAAAGAGGGCUCUCGGGCUUCUUUAAAUGAUGUGGAUAAACUAGACAAAGACAUUGAGAGGAAAGAUUCAGUUGACAGUAUUACACGGCGAAGUGAAACAUCCUCCCUUGCCUCACUAAAUGAAUUUGAGCGAUUAGAGCAGGAAAUAGCUUUAGCAGAUGAACUGGAAGCUGAAGCACAAAAGAUUGUAUCAAUUCUGGAAUCUGGGACACUAAUUACUGAAGAAAUUCAAUCGGAGAAAUCUACUACUCUAAUGUCUUAUAUGACAUCAUCCAAGAAAACAGAAAAAUUUCAAGCUGAAGAAAAUGAAGACUUUGAAGAUUCUCUUAGUGAGGAAAAAACAUCUAAAAAAGAAUUAGAUCAAGCAGAAGUAGACUCUUUAGAGGGUGACGUAUCAGAGUUGACAUCCCUAACAUCGAGUGUAAUUGUAAAUCAAAAAGCCAUGAAAGAAUGUGAUGAAGACUCUUUACGUGAUGAAGAAUCAAUGAAAAUUUCUUCAGAUUCCUUGGGUGAGCAGUUAGGGUUAAAGUCCUCUAGUGAUAAAGACAAAUAUGACACUGAUUCUCUUGCUGGACAGGAAGGCAUCAUGGAAAAAUCAACUGACUCGCUUGAAACUGACAAAAAGAAUGCAGCAGUUGACAAAGUGGAAACGGACUCUCUCUGUGAUGAAGAAGACGGACCUAAGGCAGCAGAUAUCAUGCAGACAUCAAUAGAUUCCCUUGAAUCGUCAAAAUCGAGAUCGAGAGAAAACUUAAUGGAGUCUUCUAUGUACAGUGUGGAUAGUUCUAUUUUCUCAAGGUCAUCUGUUGAGACCAUGAAAUCUGCAGGAUCCCAGCGAAGUGAUUCUAGUACAGAAAUAAUGCAGGUCUCUGCAGAAUCUUACGAGGAAAGGAAGCGCCGAGAGAAGCAGUGGCUAAUAGAUAACUACCACAGUUAUCGUGAAAGCGGACAUGGUGUAGAACCUUUAAUAGAUCAAGAAGGAAAUGUUUUGAAAAGUUUCCGAAUAGAUGAUAAUGACGGAUACGGAUGGGAUGAGUCAGACGAAGAGGAAGAUAAUAAAAGUGUGCAAAAUAAACCUUUUUCAUGGGGACCCUAUGAAGAAAAGAAAAAGAUUUACACCAUGGCAGAGUGGGAGGCUAUGAAAGAGGAAAAGCGAAGGGCGUCUCUGGUAACGGAGACGACAGAAUCUCGUAGUGAAAAAAAUGAAACUACGACUGUCGAGUCACAAAAUGUCACAUUAAUAACAAAUACAACAGUCACAACAAAAUCAUUUUCUGAAACAGAAGUUUACACAAGUUGUGAAAAACUGCGUUCCUCCACGUCAGUUAAAGCUACUGCUAGGUUUGGAAGUCAUCUGUCAGAUUCAGCUCCACAGAGAAUAGCGUCGAUAGAUGAUGAUGAUUUUGUUGAGUAUGAUGUCACUGAACACCGUGAUUUGAUGCAUGGUAUACCUGAGUAUCUCGCCCAAAAGUCAGGACCAAUAUACAUAGAUCCCGAAACCGUAGAUUCGGAGGAGGAUGAAAUAGUCGACUAUCCGACAGUUAGAAAAGAAGAUUUCACUGAUGGGGCUGAAGGAGGGGAAAUGGAAACUCAUAGACUAACCAUGAAGAAGGAGAUCCACACCAGAACCAUGCUUGAAGACGGCAAAGAGAAGACCUACGUGCACGAGGAGGCCCAAAUAGAACAAGAAGAGGAUCCUCCGGAAGAACUGAAGGAGAGCAUGCAGCAGAUAAUCGACCAAUUCAUGGAAACUCCCGCCCAACCUGACCAGUACAAGGCUUUAGAACAUGACGUCUAAGUCCCCAAAACCAGACAAUUCACAAUCACAGCAUUAAUCUUUUAUCACAUAUUCCCCCUUUUUUCCAUCAGACAUUUUUAUCAAGAAUGAGAAAAACAGAUUUAUGUCAUGCUUAUUGAAGGAAAACAAAAACAUCAUGUCCAUUCCACCGAGUAUAUUUUAUUGAAGAGCAUUGCUUUUGUCGUUUGGCAUUUUGUAUCUUUGACCACGUUGCAUUGUAGUUUUGUUUUUUGAAUUCAAGCUUGCUGUUUUUGGUAAAAAGGAAAUACAUUGACUGAGUGUGUUAUGGAUUUUCAAAUCAAGUAAUCGGAUCAAGGCUAUUGUGGACGAUAUUGUAAUAAUUGAUAAAUAGUACUAUGAUUGUACAUGUAUAAAUCUUAUUUAAUAAUCAAAAUAAUGAUUUAUGUAUAAGUAAUAUUUUGUUGACUUUAAAGAAUAUUGUAGAGCUUUUGUACAUGUAUGUCUUUGUUAAUUAUAUUGCUGUCAUUACUUAGUCAAUUUGCUCUUAAUUUGAUCUUAAAAUUCAUCUAUUCCUGAAAUUAAAAUGCUUCCUUACAUAAA